GUUACGUUGGCCGAACUGCGUGUCAGUGUUCCUACAUUCGAGAGCGUUUUGUCAAUUUUCAAAUAAUCCCAUAUUUCCCGAAUUAAUGAGUUUUCUGAGAUAAAGUAUGCUUUAACUUAGGAUUGCAAUGGAUUUGCCGCAGCCGCCCCAAGAUACUGAAUUAAGAAAUAUUAUCGACAAACUCGCCCAAUUUGUUGCUAGAAAUGGGCCCGAGUUCGAACAGAUGACCAAAAACAAGCAGAAAGGCAACCCCAAGUUCCAGUUUCUGUAUGGAGGAGAGUAUUACAAUUACUAUCAGUAUAAAGUCACCACGGAGCAAGCAGUGCUAAAGCAGCAGGGGAUUUUGGAGAACAGUCCGAAUAACUGGAACUCGCCAUCCACGAUGCACAAUUCCGAGAUUGAACAAAUCUCAAUGCAGCAAGACAGUUUGAGGGAGCAGAUCAAGCAAAGUGAGCAGAAUCUGUCGGCGCAGCAUACGGUGUUGCUGCAACAGCAGCAGGCCCAGGCUGAGGCUGUGGUGGCCAAGUGUGAAGCCGCAGCUUUGCAGAAGGAGGCGGAAGCUUGUGAUAUAAUUUUAGAGGACAUUUACAAUAUUUUGCAACCCAUUAUUGAGAGUUGCACGAAGGACAGUAUAAGCAACGGCAAGUCUUGGUUUCUGCAACAUGCAAACAGCAAGGAGCAGGCUUAUUGCAUAGUCCACUGUUUACUAACAAAAGUAAUAGAAGCGUCCGUGUUUUCGCAAAAACUCCACGUCAUUUAUUUAGUCAACGACCUCUUGCACCACUGUGCGAGAAAAAACGCAAAUGAGCUCAAGGAAGCUUUAGAAUCUGUAGUGGUUCCAAUGUUUUGCAACGCCCACAUAAGCGCGACAGAAGACCAACGAGCAAAGUUAGAAAAAUUACUAAAAUUGUGGGAAUCGAAAGCCAAUUAUUUGGACCCGAACACCGUCGAAAAAAUGCGCCAACCGACCCAAAGUUAUCAGCAGUAUCAGUCUCAGCUGAUGAUGAAAUACGCGUCGGAAAUCGGAUCUUUAGCACAACAGACGAAACAAACUUAUGACAACUACCAGGCGCAACAUCAAGCAUUCGUGUGUCACGCCAUGCAACAGAUUGCCGAUUUACAACAGCAGAAGCAGAACAUCGAACAGCAGCCGCCGCCGCCGCCACAACAGCAGCCGCCCCCGAUGCAGAACACGAACAUAAUUCCACUUGACCCCAUCCAAGCGAGUCUUCAGCAAACCAUCCAAAAUCUCAGCCAGCAAAACAGCAGUCAGAAUCAAGCGACCAAUCCGAGUUUCCAUCAGCCGCCCCCAAAUCAACCGACGAAUGAUUUUCUUCCGAUAAAUCCCUCGAUUCCGCCCCCGAAUAUCACGACGCAUCCGCCGCCCCCGCUCGGCCAGUCCCCCAAUUUACCCACGAAUGGAAUGGAUAAUCCGUUCUCGCAACCACCUCCCGGUUAUUUCCCGCCUCCUGGUGUUUUCCCCGAUUUUUCCAAACCGCCUCCCGGGUUCGCCCCGAAUCCCGAACCCCCCGUCGUGGAGGAGCUGGUGCCGACGGCGCCCUACUACGACCUGCCGGCUGGACUCAUGGUGCCGCUGAUCAAGUUGGAAGAUACAUCAUAUAAACCGUUAGAUCCUAAAGAUAUUAGGUUGCCACCACCAGCGCCCCCUAGCGAUCGUCUCCUGGCCGCUGUGGAAGCCUUUUAUUCACUACCCAGCCACGAACGGCCCCGAGACAGUGAAGGUUGGGAAAAGCUAGGUUUGUAUGAAUACUACAAGGCAAAGAACAAUGCGAAACGGCAAAAGGAGGAGCAAAUCGCCGCCGGCCUCCGCGAGAAGUCCAGAAGCCCAAGCCCCAUAGUCCUGCCAAUGGAGAAGGAGCCGUCGCCGCCCAAACGACGGUACACGAGCAAAUCGCCCUCGCCGCAAAGGCGCCGCUCGAAGUCCCGGUCCAAGUCGCGCUCCAGGUCCAGGAGUCCGCGCACGCCGCGCAGGAGGCACUCGCGGAGCGGUGGCCGGAGGCGGAGGAGCGUCUCCAGAUCGCCCUCCAGGUCGCCAGUCAGGCGCUCGCCAUCCCCGCCGCCAACCCUAAGUUUCAGCAGUGCACCACCGAGUUUCGUGCGGAACGAGAAACAGGAAAUCGACUCGACCAAUAAGGGACACCAGAUGUUGCGGAAAAUGGGGUGGGGCGGGAGCGGCUUGGGGGCCAACGAGCAGGGCAUCGACGCCCCCAUCUCCGGGGGGGACGUGCGCGAUCGGCAAGAUCAGUUCAAAGGUGUAGGGUGUAAUUUGAACGAUCCGUAUGAAAACUUUAGGAAAAAUAAGGGGGCCGCGUUCAUUACGCGAAUGAAGGCGCGGGCCGAGGAGAGAGCCAAUGAGAGUAAGUUACUUGACUACUAGGGUCUUUCAUUAUUUUGACUGCGUUUUCGUACCGUAUUUUCCGUGUUAGAGCAUCAUUUUUUACUUUACUUUAAUCAAACGUAAUGUUCCGGUACCUCUUUGACUGUUAUGUUGCGCAAGUGAUUCUCACGUAUUGUAAAGAAAGGUAUGUAAAUAAUUGUAAUGUACAAAUCUACGUCGACUAAAUAAAAAUCCUAUUUUUAAUUAAGUCCACAUUCAUUGUAUUAUAUGAGAAUAAAUUGUUCCAAACAA